AUGCCCGUGCAAGAGGAAGUAUCCACUGUACAUCGACUGAACUAUCGAGAAACUUUGGUGAGACGAUCACUUCGGCUACACUACGGCACCGUCCAAAUCAAAGGCAUUUUCGCACAGGAGAUCGUGGGACCUGUGGGUACCAACAACGUCCAGACCACACCCAACGACAUCUACGUCGAUCUCACGGACGGUAAGGACGUCGUCAACGUGUGUGAAGCGUCGUGGUCUAGCAACCAGCAGCCAAACCUGUCCAAGAACCUCGAAAAAACUCUGCAUAGGCUGUACUUGUAG